GCAGCAUCCAUCUUCAAGCUAACACAUUCAUUCAUCCACCAGUACUACUCACCACCCCACAAUAUUACUUGGAGAUCGAUGGAGGCCUGGUUGAUCAUUCUCGUAUCUCUCUCUGCAUGUUUUUUCAUAAAACUCCUCUCCAGUCUUCUCUUCUCCUCCAAAAAGAAUGAAUCAAAAGGCCACCUCUUCCCACCAGGACCCCCGCCUCUUCCCAUCAUAGGACACCUUCAUUUACUUCCCAAAUCAACCAUUGAGCUUCGAUCCCUCCUCUCUAACCUCUCCCAAAAGUAUGGCCCUGUUCUCACCCUACUCGUCGGCUCUAAACCCCUUGUUUUCAUCACCUCCUACCCCAUCGCCCACAAAGCCCUUGUUAAAAACAGUGCCAUCUUUGCAAAUCGUCCACCAGUUGUCCCUGUCAGCUAUGUUCUCAGUAACAAGCACAAAGAUAUUGGGGGAUCCCCCUAUGGCGUUACUUGGCGUGUCCUUCGUCGUAACCUCGUGUCUGAAGCUCUCCACCCUGCUGGGUUGAAAUCUUACUCUUUCGCCCGCAAGCGAUCCAUGGAAACAAUGAUUAAUAGCUUCAAGCAGCAAUCUUCCAAGCAAGAGGGCGAGGCCGGCGCCGUACGUCUCUUUGAGCAUCUCCACCAAGCCGUGUUUUCCUUGUUCAUUCUCAUGACUUACGGAGACAUCGGCGAGGAUGCAAUUCGAGAAGUCGAACACAUACAAUAUACAUUUCUUGUCAGUUACGCUAAGUUCAGCGUUUUCGCUAACUGGCCGAGAUUGGGGAAGCUUGUGUAUAGAAAGCGUUGGCAAAAGUACACAGAAUUUUUAAGGCGUCAAUACGACAUCCUUAUGCCUCAUAUUAGAGCCCGACAGAAGUUGAAGCAAGAGAAGAAGGCCGGCAAAGAGGUAGUCGACUUGGUAACAUACACAGAUACCUUACUGGAUCUGGAAAUUUCCGAGGGGGCCGGAAAGCUUGAGGAGGCCGAUGUACUGAGUUUGAGCUCGGAAUUUAUCAACGCAGGCGCUGACACAACCGCAACGAUGUUCCAGUGGGUCAUGGCAUAUUUAGUAAAGUAUCCACGUGUUCAAGCCAAGCUUUUUGCUGAAAUCAGUCGAGUUGUGGAACAAGGAGCGGAAGAGGUUAAGGAGGAGGAUUUGCAAAGAAUUCCAUAUUUGAAAGCGGUGAUCCUAGAAUGUCUCAGAAUUCACCCUCCAAAUACCUCCUUGGUUCCACACACAAACACAGAAGAUAUGGAAAUAAGUGGGUACAAUAUCCCAAAAAAUACAACGGUGCUCAUCGGGACUGCAAUAAUAGGGCGGGAUCCAACAGUGUGGGAGAAUCCAAUGGAGUUUAGGCCUGAAAGGAUGAUGACUAGUACUAGUAAUGAUAAUGGUACCGGUGGAGAAGAAGUGGGUGAUGUGACGUCGUUUAAGAUGUUGCCAUUCGGUGCUGGAAGGAGGAUGUGUCCCGGUUACAAAUAUGGGUCGCUAAUUCUUGAGUACUUUGUUGCAAAUUUGGUAUGGAAUUUCGAGUGGAAGGCAGUGGAUGAUGUUGAUCUCUCGGAGAAGGAGGAGUUCUUGGUUGUUAUGAAGAAUCCAGUGCGGGCCCAGGUUAUCCCAAGAAGAGUCAAAUAGAUGAUCAUAGUACAUAGUUUUCAAUGCAUGAUGAAUAAAGACGACCACCUUAUCGAUUCAUCAUAGUUUCAUAGAUGACAAUGACAUGCUACGUAUGUACGCAAGUUGUUUGAUUUAAUUUACCAAUCUUUCAUUGGAUUGUAUUACUUCUUUGUCAACAAUUGGAUUGUAUUACAAUAAAGGAUCAAUUGACUCACCAACAUUAUGCUUGUAGGAUGAGUCAGUACUUGAUCAUGAGAUAUCUAGAUCGAGUUGUACAUGUUUUCUAUAAAAUUGCCAAUGUUGAAUUUUCCAUGGAGAUAUUUUUUGUAGUCGGUUUCUACAAAUUUUCCGUA